AUGUCUAUAGAACGAAGAAGAAGUGAACAAUCGUUGAUGCAGAUCAACGGUAGUAAUGGUACAUCCAUGAUGCUAUCCUCUCCUUCUUCACCAUCUCCUCAGUCUCAUCAAAGGCUUAGGUUAAAUCCAAACACUAAUCACAACCCUGAGAACUACGAAGAUCUCCAUCUCGAAUUCAAUCCCUGUGUCUACACUUCCCUAGAGCGUUACUUACCCGCUAGUAUGCUCACCGUCACCCGCCAACUUAAGGUUGAUUACAUGAAGGAAAUUCUGGCUCGUUAUUAUUCUCCUCAAGGAGAACGCAACAGAGUCCAGAAGCACAGAGAAUACAGGCAAAAAAUAAUAGAAAGCUAUCAGCCAUUACACAGAGAGCUGUACACUAUGAACCCUGAAACUUUUUUUGUUCCAUCAUUUCUUGAGGCAAUCAAUAAGAACACAGAAGAGAGUUUAAGAAGGAUAAUAUCUGAGCCCUCACCAGGAGUGUUUACGUUCGAGAUGCUCCAUAAGGAUUUCUGUGACAUGUUGCUAUCUGAGGUGGAUAAUUUUGAAAAGUGGGUGACUGAAUCUAAUUUCAAAAUCAUGCGUCCGAAUUUGAUGAAUAAAUAUGGCGCUGUUCUUGAUGAUUUUGGAUUUGAAACCAUGCUUGAAAAGCUGAUGGAUGACUUCGUACGUCCCAUAUCUAAAGUGUUCUUCCCUGAAGUCGGCGGGUCUACUGACUCUACUCUGGAUUCUCAUCAUGGUUUUGUAGUUGAAUAUGGAAAAGACAGGGAUGUCGACUUGGGCUUUCACGUGGAUGACUCUGAACUCACCUUGAAUGUGUGCCUGGGUAGGCAAUUUUCCGGUGGUGACUUGUACUUUCGAGGAAUCCGGUGUGACAAGCACGUAAAUACCGAAUAUCAGCCUGAGGAAUCCUUUGAUUAUUCCCAUGUUAUUGGACAUGCGGUGCUUCAUAGUGGUCGGCAUAGGUAUGGUGCCAGGGCUACAAGAUCAGGGCAUAGGAUUAACUUACUCGUUUGGUGCAGAAGUUCAGCUUUUAGGGAGCUAAAAAAGUACCAGAAGGAUUUUUCUGCCUGGUGUGGUGAGUGCCAACGUGAGCAGAGAGAAAGACAGCGUCUGUCAGUUGCAGCAACCAAGCUGCAAUUACUGAGGAGACGAGGAGACAACACUGCGGCCUGA